AUGAAACGGGUUGGAAUGAUCCACGCUUCCCAAGCCGUUGUCCGAGAGUUGAACCCACAGAGAAUACCUGCAAAAGAGUUCAACGGGGAACAGGGAGUCCCCCAGCGAACCCUCCAACGAGCAAGAUCUUUGUCUGCUUAUGCGGCUGAUUCUUCCCUUGACGGGUGUUCUGAUGCCAUUGGUCCUAGAUGUGGGAUUCGCUGCCGUCGGGCUCCCUACAGCUCCGCCACUGCCGCAUUGCCUCCCAGCUAUAGGACUGGAAGGCCUCCACCAUUGCCUGGCUCAUAUGUACCAGGUGCUUAUGGUCCCGUGCUUCUUUCUCCUGGAGUUGUUCCCAUUUCGGGUUGGAGUCCUUACGCGGGACCUAUAAGCCCAGUAUUGUCUCCUAGUGCUCCACACUCUGUUGGAGCAGGUUCCCCAUAUGGUGUUACACAGUUACCUUCUUCAGCAUCUGCAUUUAUGGGACCGUAUCCUACCUUCCCCUCUCCUGCUGGACCUUCAAGCAGUACUCGGGAAAGAGGGUUUCCGGAGAGGCCUGGGCAACCUGAUUGCCAAUACUAUUUGAAAACAGGAGAUUGUAAAUUUGGAUCAUCUUGUAGGUUUCAUCAUCCACCAGAUUGGGUGGUAUCAAAGACAAAUUGUCUCCUCAGUCCCAUGGGUCUCCCUAUAGGUCCGGGGGUACAACCUUGUGCUUUCUAUAUGCAAAAUGGACACUGCAAGUUUGGGAGCACAUGCAGAUUUGAUCAUCCAAUACGAACAGUAAGAUAUAGUCCAUCAGCUUCGUCGAUCUCUCUCUCUUUAAGACCAUGAAGUAAAUCUUUAAGACCAUGAAGUAAACAGUAGCAGCUCCUCUCCCAGUUGCUCAGUUCUAUGGCAAUCCCAGUGAUGGAUUUCUCGAAACUCAAUGGCGAAGAGGGGGCCAAGCCAAUGGCUCAUAUCGCUAAUGGCUGCGAAGAAGAUAUUAUAUUCUCCAAGUGGUCUAACUUUUUAUUUUUUAUUACUAUUAUUAUUAUAUCAAAUAAUCAAUGCACUCCUGUUCCCCACUCCACUUUCUUUUCUUUUUUUAUAUUUAUUUUAAUCCAUCUUUUUCAAAGCAAUCGAAAGUUUGCACACCCAUCAUCAUUUUAUUUUAUUUUAACCCCCUCAUCCUAUUUUGAUCAUCAUCAUUAUGUCUCCACUACCCAACUUUCUUUAUUUUAUAUCUAUAU